AUGCCUGGAACUCCCUUCCUCCACUCCCUCAUUGCUUCUGCAAACGUCUCCUCCUCCAAGCCAAAGUUUUCCGACGUCGCGAACAUGGCCGACAUUCAGCUGCUCGACCAAGCAGAAUCGGACCCGCGCGAGAGCGCCCGUAUGGCCCAGAUGCUUCGUGUCUUUCAACGCAUGUACCUCAAAGUGUCUCAAGGCCUGUCUCCUGGCGUUGCUCAGCAGAGCUGGACUUCAGAUGACUCAGUCCCGUCUGCUGUUGUCAACGGCAAACCAACCAGCUCUGUCGCGGCACCGCUCGACGCAACCUUCCCUUCCCUUCCUAAGCCCAAUGGACCUCGCAUUGGUCUCUUGCGGCAGAAGGAUGCCGAUCGGGAUCGCUCACGCACUCCGCAAGCCUGCGAGACGUGCCGUGAGAGAAAGACCAAGUGCUCCGGAACUCGCCCCAGGUGCAACCGCUGCCUCGCGCGCGGCGGAGACUGUGUCUAUGUGCUCGACCACAAGGCCAACCGCGCUCAGCUCAGGAAGCUGCAAGCCGCUAGCGGUCUCCUCCCCAAGGGCCUCCGUCCGGUCCGCAAGGAGGCGAGCGCUCAGCGAAAGCCUUCUCCCUCAACGCUCUUCAGACUCUUGAAAUCCGCUGGAUUCUUGGGCGCUGGGAAUGGGCAGUCCGAACCUGGACCGUCGCAGACGCAACCGCUAAUGGCCGUGCCUCAGCCUGCGGAUGAUUCGUUCGAGUUCAUGAACCUGUCGUCCACUCACCCCGACGCCGGUUCAGAUGUUCUUGCGAACAUGUCCUGGUCAGCACCUAACGCUUCUCUCACUCAUCAGGCCCCUGUGCAGCCUUCCUCCAUUCCUACUGCGGAAGACUCAUUCUCAUUCAUGGAAAUGAACUCCGACGUCAACGCCGCGUUUGCGUUUUUGACGAAUGAGGAGAACAAUGUCGUGCGGGGAACCGCCAAUGGCUGGAACCCUACGCCUGUCAACGUGAUGCCACAAUCCUCGCAGCCCGCCUUUGACAGCCUCACGCUUCCUCCUGCGGUGUUCUCGCAGCCGGUCACCCUCGGCGCGCCCACAACCAUGCUGCCGAUGAGUGCUACCCCCGCUAUGUCGCGCUCUUCCGCCUAUAGUACAAGCUCUACCUCGAGCACUGGCAUCUCCCCCCUCCCCACGCCCGUCGACGACGAAAUGAUGAUAGAUAUCUUCGCGCCGCACAUCCUCUCGUCCCUCGGCGCCCCGGAAGACAUCCUCUCCAACAUGCCCUCGUCCGACUCUGAGCUCGAGCGUGAGCUCGAACGCGAGCUCGCGCUGGUCUUCGGGAAGGGGCAGAAGGGCGCCGCCGCCAAGUUUGGGAAGGACCUUGCGCAGCCAGCAUGCCCCGUGCCCGCCCGGUGCGGGCCCGACGGCGUACCCCUCCCCGUGGUUGCGCUCCCCGGCCGAUCCUUCCCCGAGACCGACGUGCACGGUAUGUUCUUCGACGAGCGCCAGUUCUCUGCCUUCAACAUUUCCGUGUCGCCGAGGCCCGCGACACCCACUCACGACGACGAGCCGCCGCGUGCGUAUGCGCGGUGGAACGAGCACUGCAGGAAGACGCGUGCAAAGGCAGCGGCGGGCGUGGUGGAUGAGGAUGAUGAUGAGCUGAGUAUAAUUGCGGAGGCGGAGGAGCCGUCGCAGGAAUUGUCGGAGGAGUUAGAGAUCAAGGAGGGCGAGCUGGAGAAACUCUUCGUGGAGCUGUUUGGGGAAGACCUGCCAGAGGACUUCGAAAAUUGA